AGAAACGCAAUCCACAUGUUGGACUUAGAAUCACAAUUAUCCUCUUUCUCUCGUUGUUGGGAAUUAUCCUUCUCUCUUGCACCUUGAUCGUUCUUGUAAUCAUCAAUCAUCAUCGAAGAAUGAUUAUCAAGAGAGAGAACAAUGAACAAGCAAAUGAUUUGGAUUUCAUGCAUAUUUUCAAUUAUGAUGGCAAAAUUUUCUAUGAUCGAAUCGUCGAGGCCACAGAAGGAUUUGACUCCAAGUACUAUGUGGGCGAAGGAGCAUGUGGAAUUGUUUAUAAAGCCAAUAUAUUAGAAGGUCAAACGUUUGCUAUAAAGCAAACCUCACCGUCCCAAGACGAUAGUGAGAUUGUUGAUUUGAUACCAUUUGAAAGGGAAAUUCAAGCCUUAACAAAUCUACGACAUUGUAAUAUCGUGAAAUUUUAUGGGUUCUGCUCUCAUGUCCAACGCUAUUUUUUGGUGUAUGAGUAUAUGGAAAGAGGAAGCUUGAGAACAGUUUUGAACGAUAAUGAAAGAGCGGUAGAAUUUCAUUGGGACAAGAGGGUAAAUGUGGUCCGAGGAGUUGCGGAUGCUUUGUCCUAUAUGCAUCACGAAUGUUCACCUCCACUAAUUCAUCGAGACUUGACCAGUAACAACGUUCUACUAAAUUGCAAUUAUGAGGCUCGUGUUUCCGAUUUUGGCACUGCAAGACUAUUAAGGACGGAUUCAUCAAAUUGGACUAUUGUUGCUGGCACCAUAGGGUAUAUUGCUCCAGGUACUUCGUAAUAUUUUCAAUUUCGUUGGCAUUCAGUGUCAAAACAUCCCUUCUUUUGUUAUUUAAUCUUCUUAUGGAAAUUUGUUUACCCAUUUAGAGCAUUCAAGUUUAAUGUUUAUAGAAAGCCUUCUAACUUUCCUAAUAAGGAAGAAUUGGCAAAAGAGGUAAAAAUUAUUAUCGAUGCAUCUCAAGGAUAUGAAAUUUGUGUUACCUAAAUGACACGAGCAUCAGACAAAAUCCUUCGAACUCCCCUAAAGCGUAAACUCCUAUGCUCAAAUCAGUGUUGUAAGCAUAGAUUAAGUAGAAAUUUGUACUUGUAACUGUUACCUCAUGGGAAGCAAUGUCAUCAAUUUGAAAACAACUUAUGAUCAAGGUUAUAAAAAAAUCGUGAAUUCUCCACUUGCAGAGUUGGCUUAUUCUUUAAUUCCUACUAAAAAGUGCGAUGUAUAUAGCUUUGGAGUCGUCGCAUUAGAGACAAUCAUGGGAAAGCAUCCAGGAGAUCAUGUCUUUGGAGAAUGUUCAUCAUCCACUCAAAUUGAAUCGCCGAUACUGUGGAAGGAUGUGUUGGAUCAACGUCUCUUGCCUUCUAGACUUUGUCUUCGAGAUGUGCAAGACGUAGUCUCAAUCGCCAAGCUAGCGUUCACGUGCUUGCAAGCUGAUCCGCGGCUUCGACCGACUAUGGGACAAGUCUCCCAUGAGCUUCGCGUUCAAGUACCCCUAGAAAUGCCACUCUCUGCUAUCACCUUAGAGCAACUUCGUGAUCUCAAUGUCAGGAAAUUUGGAGCAUUCACAGGACUUGAGCUAGCUUCAACGUUACAUGAAUAGUGCAAUGUUUAAGUUUGGAAUCGUGGGACCAAAAAUAAGUAGGGACGGCUUUCGGGGAGAUCUAAUUUCAUGAUUAUUUCCAACUUUUUGCAGAACGAUCAGCAAGUCAAUUUGCAAAAUGCAUUAAAUUGACAUCUCUUGCCUUCUUUCAAUCGAGAUGUAAACAACAUGUAGUUUCUAUUGCUAGAAGAGAUAAUGAUACCAGUAGCCUGUGCACUUUUUUGAUAUAUAGUGUCAUAAUUGAACUUUCAAUUUGGUCAUUCAUCUUACUUUUUAUUGAUGUUCACUAUCGUACUAA